GAGGGGGUGUGUCUGUCCGCCAAAUGCAUGACGGGAAUUGCAGUGUCUGUCCGCCAAAUGCAUGACGGGAAUUGCAGUGUCUGCAAGGUUUGUUUGUUUGCUUUAGAGUAGGUCGUAUGGGAAGGUGAUUCUCCGAGAAGCAGAUCACUUCCUUAUGUUUCCUUUGGCCAGAUUUAUGACUGAUAAGUGAGUGACAGUCAAGCUCGACUGAACUAAUUUAUCGGGACAUGCAUGUUACCCGUGGGCAUCACUAAGAUUUUUGUCCUGAGCGACGGACAAGUCAGAUGGUGCAGAAACAGUGGAGGCUUCGGGCAGCAAAAUGAAGAAGUUUCGUCUCUUAUGGGUCGCCGAAAGCGCGGUGGAAAAACAUAAUACUUAUAAUAAUAAUAAAAUAUACGUAUGUGUAUAUAUAUGCGCUGAGCAUUUGGGUCGCAAUUUGCUGACUAGGGAAUAAAGAGGAAAAUGAAGCUAAACCAAUUCAGAACCUCCGGUUUACAACACCGGAUAUCAGUCCAGUAAAUAACAGGAUAUAUAUAUGAUUUACAUUUUUAGACUAUGAUUUGACUGGUGGUCAUAUUAGUCUGCAGUUUAUUCAUAUGCUGUCCAGGAUAAAUUUCAGACCCCCCAACCCUAAACAGGAUACGAGCUUAGAUGAUAGAUGAGAGCAAAUACACCAAGUGCCCUGUCAGGAAAAAAGUAUUUGCACCUUUGAAUGUAAAUGACUUAGUAUUAUCACUGGGGCUGCACCCUCGGGGGUUAGUUGUACUCCUAGCUGCAGGAAAAUGUCAAUUUUAAUGUACAGAAAUUGACUCUGAGGAACAUUUUUGAGGAACAAAGUUGAGUUUAUGCACGCUAGAAACAUAACAUAGCAAUGCACAAACCAUGUUUUGAGAUUAAUUACAAUUGAGAUUAAUUAAAUGAUAUUGUGAGAGAGAAAAACAGCAUCAAUGUGACACAAUAUGAUUUACUGUCAUAGCUGAAAUUUUACAUGUGAUCGGUCAUGUGGCUCCACAUGACUGCAGUUUCAACCGUCUGGAGGCAUUAAUCAGGUGUUACAGGCCGCACUCCUUUUUACAUCCCUGGGUGAAAUUAACUUAUUGCCCGGAAGAUGGGGCCAUUUCAUUGACAACAGAAGUUCAGCACUGCUUACCAUGGUGCAAAGUUAAAAGAAUCCAGUGACACAUAUAAAACAAGUAACAGGUAAAUCAAUAAGUCCGAGCGAUAUUUAAAACCUCAGCACACAGUCGCAUAUCUGUAAGUAAGAUUCAGUGUUAGUACCGUUUCCUCAUUCACUCGAUAUGGUUGUGUCCCAGGUACAAAGCCACAAAAUAUUACGCAAGAUAUAUCACUUUUAUAUAUUGCUAUUGCUCGUUUCUAAUUUUUUUUUAUGGUUUUCACUAUAAAAGUAAUUUUCACGGAGAAGCAUUUGGGUUUGUUCUGUUUGGAUUUGUAGUGCCCAUAUGUAUCAGCAGGGGGCGUGCCGCGCUCACACAAUCAGUAAUCGUCCUUAGACCUCAAUAAGCCGCUCCGUCAGCCUGCAUUUACUCAGAAUUUCCUGUACAUUUCCACCGAGGAAGUCUCCUUACUGACUGCACCCACACCGUAUUUGUUUGCCAUUAUACAGCGGAAGUGUGCUAAUUGGCUGGAGAUCUAUUUGCACUGGAUCAAGCUGACUGUAAUGUUUAUUUUGUCUGUGAAGGUGUUUGAGAUUGAUUCAAGUGAUGCAGCUGGUGCCACUCGAAGCGAUUUCAUUAACUAAAGCAAAUCUACGUGCAGGUAAACAAAGAGUUUAGCUGACAGAUUUGGAGUGCCGAAUAAUACCGAAUUAAAUUGAUUGCUUCCCUUUCCUGCAAGGAAUCCCCAGAGACAAGCAAAUUUACCCAAUAGUGGUUAAGGGGCUGGAAGAUGGGGGUCACUGACGUUGGAUGACCUGUGUAACAGACAUCACGAUCACUAAAGGAGUGGCAGUCCCACUGCCCAGAAGUCAUCCGCAUUAGGAAGUUGUGAAGAAUGAGAAAACACUAUGCGGUUCCUCUUUGUACAGAGAGGCCUGGCGAUCUACCGCCGAACUGAACUUGGUAAGACUCCUGCAUUCUUUCCGGGGCGACCGCACCCAAAGAUACACAGCUGCGGAAAAAACACCAGGACAUUCUCCUAUUAUGCAGCUCAGUUUGCUCUGAUCAUGACCCCGCUGCAGGACAAUGGCCAUGUCUAUGCUGCCCCCUUCCUCCUGCUUCCUGGGCUCCUGCUGCUCUGUACCUGCUGCACAUACAGGAAAUCGAACGCAUCAUGUGCAAAGCAGAAGUUCACAGAUGAUACUGAGCAGGUGUCCCAGGCAGCAACAGGAAGCCCUGUUGAUGGGAAACGCACAGAUGCAGUGGAAGCCGGUCACCAGCCUGAAAGGAAAGAUGCCCCAAACACUCAUACAGGAAAAACAGCAUUUGUCUGUGUCACAGAGGAAGAACCGGCAAGGACUGCGCCCUUGGCAAAUCGCCGAUUGCCAUCCUUGCCUAAGUCCACCACGGGGCGCAUGGCGGGAUCUGUGGUGUACGAUACAGUGGUGGACAUACGUGAGUGGCCUGCCGCAGAGGCCAAAGUGGGACGGCGACAGACGUCCAGCUGCAGCAGUCUGUACGCAGAGGUGCGGUGGGGAGAGAAAAAGAGUGAGGACACGUCCAUUUUCAUCAGUGCCAAACCUCUCAGCACGCGACCCUCCACCUGCAGGGACUUGGCAAGCCCCAGUGGCGACGCAGACUUCCCACUCUACGCUAAAGUGAACAAGACUGGCAAGCGGAUGGUCAAAUCAGAGCUGAUCUCCUGAGACCCUCUCCAGGGACCUGGACAAAGCAAAACGGAGGCAAACACACAGCUGGCAACUGAGCAACAAUUCUUCUUUGUUGUAUAAAUUAAAAAAAGAAAACUUUCCUGGGAUGGUUGAGCUUCACAAUGUUUCAGCCAGACAUGCUCAGCUCAUUAAUUAUGGUUUUAAUUAUGAAUUUAGCCAUAUAUAGUUUUAUAUAUUUAGAGCACUAGAGAUUGAGUACUGUGAUUAAAGAUUCAAUAGCCAGGAAUAUCGCAGAAAAUCCCAGGCCAAUACUUUUAAUGCUACAAGUCUGGAGGCCAGUAUAUUACCUGCUUUCCCUUUUAAAGCUCUUAAUAAGACCGUCAUACUACUUUUUUUGUUUUGUAUUUCAGUCAUUUAAUAACAAGUGAAGGUACAACAAAAGGCUUUUUCAAUAAGACGACGUAUUCUCAUUUAUGAAUGCCGCAAGUGUAUCUGUGAUUCUUGAUUGUAAUUGUUUAUUAUUAAACGC